GAAAACCAAUCGGGGCAGUUGGCGGAAAUGACGUAACGAAACAAAACAUGGCGUCUGAUUCAAACGACUUCGGCUCAAUUUCAGCAGGUGGUGACGCUACCAUUUGAGGAGCCAUAAUGCAGGACAAGCCAAAGGAGCAAAGGAGAGCACCCGGCCAGGCGGUGGAGAACGCGGCAAUGAUGCAAAAUGCUGGCAGCAGCACCGAGCUGGAUGCCUUCCAGCAGCCACGAGUAAAAGCGGGCGACGGGGAGCAAGGGAAGGAUAAAGUCAAAGCAUCUUGUGACAGCGACCUGACAGGAAGGAGGAGGAUCCAUCAGUUGGAAAAGGAAAAGCUGGAGAUGAUGUCCACACACAACCAGCAGCUGUGUACGUUGGAGACGGAAGUCACCCGCCUCCGGGCCUCUGUGGAGCACGGGGAAGCUCAGAGGGCAGAGCUGGAGUACCAGUUGACCGUGAGCUGCAGAGAUGCCCAGCGAGCGUGCGACAAAAACGAAGCACUUAAAGAGGAAGCUGCAUCACUGCAGAAGGUUCUGGACAUGACUCAACAGGCCCGGCAGGAGGAACGGCUCGCUUUGCAGCAGGAAGUGGCCGAGCGUGACGCGCUAAUUGACAGCUUGACUUCAGAGAGCGAACGACUGCACCGACUCCUGCAGAAUCAAAAGGAGACUCUGGAGGAAGUGCAGAGGAGGAUGAUGGCGGUGCAGAAGGAGCAAGAGAAGGAUCACAAAUCUCUGGAGGCCAGCAUGGCAGCCGAACGAGCGGCUCACCUUGAGUUCAAGCAGAAGUGUGAGGUCACACAGGGGAUGCUUGCAGUGCAGCGGCGUGGCCAGCAGGAGGCGCAGUGCAAUCUGGAGCUAUUAAGAAGAGAGCGUCGAGAUUUGGAGCGAGUUUACCAGGAUGAGAAAGAGAGCAGGCAACGCACUGAGCAAGCUCUGGAGCACCUCCAGACAGAGUACCAGCAGUACAAGUGCGAUCUGAGCGUUGCCGUGGAGACAGAGAAAAAGAACAUCGCUGACCUGGCUGCGAAGCUGGAGGAGGAGAAAAGGCAACACGGCAAAACACACCUGCGUCUGGAACAGCUGCUGAAGAGAGAGGUGCAUUAUGGGAAACUCCUGGAAGACAUCAGGGAGGUUCUCCAACAGCACACACGUAAAGGUUCAAAGGAUGAUGGGAAUGGAAGUCCUGCCGACGUGAUGCAGCUGCUCACUUUGACGCUCAGCAGACAGGAAGUAGCUGAGCAACAGGUCCAGGAUCUGCUGUUGGCCUGCGAGAGACUGGACGAGGAGAAGCGGACCCUCAAAGGCGUGGCUGCGCAUCAGAAGCAACUUCUUCAAGAGGCUCGCCAGCUGUCACUCACGCUGCGGGAGCGAGCGACCCACCUGCAGGAGGAGAGCCGUGAUUGGUCCGUGGAACUCCAGAAACAGUCAAAGGCCCAUCUAUCCUUCCUGCACUGCGUCUAUCAGCGCCUACUCGCGGGCCAUGUGCUGGCAGAGCCGCAAAGCAUGCUGGGCACUUUCAGCCGGUCAGGCUUGUGUGACCUCAUCAACGAGCUGGUGGAGCAGCUGACCUCUGACCUCCAGGAAGCCAACAAUAAGGCGGCGCACUGUCAGGCGGCGUGCAAGGAGAAGAGUGGGCGCUUGAACCAGCUGCAGCGGCGUCACAAGCUUAUGCAAGUUCGUGCUCAGGAGAGCGGGAAGAAGCGGGCGGAAGCCUGGAUCGGCCGACACGCGCCCACUGUCACUCAGCUGCGGGACCUCCUCUUACUGAGCCGCAGAAAAUCGUCCUCCUUCUUGUCGGCAUGCGCGCUCCUCGCCGGUAUGACGGCGCACACCCAGCGCCGCCUGAGAAGCCUCGCUGAGCAAAACCGUCUUCUCGCCUCGCGCUUGGCAGCGCGGGAGGAGCUGGAGGAGGAGCUGCGGCGGCUGGCCGGCGCUCUGAGCGGAGACGGAGGGGAGAAAACACUGGAGGGGACUCUGGCCAAGAGGCGAUGGAAGAAGUACGUGUGCGUGGUGUCAGCGCUGAGGUGGUGGCGCGCCGUCGGAAGGAGGAGCAUGGAGUUGUUUCGGCUGGAGAUGGGUGGGGCGGGUCCCGUGGUGUGCGUCGCUACGGCAGCUCUGACGGGAGAGGAUGUUGGUAAAGAUCGCGAUGCAUUGUGUGCUCGCUGGCUUCGCUCCAAACGUCUUUCCUCCACCAUCUUGGCCUGCAUGGUCGACCUGCCUCCUCCCGCCUCCUCUCCAACAAAAGUGAGGUCAGCAGCACGGUCUGGAUUGGCUCGCCUCCUGGAUCAGAUUGCGAGCCAAUCGGAAUCUGCCCCUGACAUCCUGCGCGAGAUGAUCCCACAGACUCUGCCCCCCAGCGAUUUGAAGAUGCUGGUGUCCCGCCUCCAGCAGCACUUUCUCCUCCUCAGCCAACGGCUGCACUCGGCUGAGGUGGAGAGGCGGAGCCUGAGACUGCAGGUGGCCCAUCUGAGGAGGCCAGAGUCCAGCAGGGAGGACAACUGCAGGACGGUUCCAGCAAAACACUUCCACAGCGUGUGCGCGGACCUACGGCGAGCGCUCACCGGCGAACAGGAAGCACGCGCACUGCUUGUUGAGCAAUCGACACAGCGCGACGCUCUACAGCUACGAGUCAACGCACACACUACCGAGCGGGACCAAGCCCACCGCGCGCUUAGCCGCAUGGCGGAGGCGCUGGCAAAGGCUCGACGGCGCCUGAGAAGAAAGGAGCGCUCGGUGAGGAUUCUGGGCAAGCACCUGUCACGAGUGGACAAAGAGAGGCGCCGACUGGAAGGGCGACUGCGACAUGCCUCGGCCGGCGGACGCCAGGAUCACGCGAUGGGUUAUCGGAAGGCAGCGGCGCGGCACUGCAAGGAGAUGUCCAACUGUCCAAAUUCCGGCGCAUCAAACGAGCUGCCAAACCCAGGAAGUGAAAGUCUUUAAGGUCAGAGGUGCCCAAUUCUGGGCUACAGAGAGACUGAGCAAAAAUGUUUGGGAAGGAAAUGGGCUGAAUUUUCCUAAAUGGAAGCUUCUUAUCCUUUUUGUCAGUCACCAUCACAAACUGAGCUUGAAUGAACUUCCAAGGACAACACGUUGCUGGUUUCCAUAGUGACAGCACUUUUUAUAUCCCAUUAUUCAUGCUUGACAUUUGUCUCGAAGGAAUACCACAUACGAAAAGGCAUAUGUUUCUCUGUGUACGACUAAGUUAAAAAAAAAAAAGUAGCGGAAAAGUAGCACAAGCGCUGACGCCAGUGUUUUCAUUCACUUUCUGUCACAGUCCGAGUUUGUCCCACCAGAUUGAAGUGAAAUUCCGCACGUAACAGUUCGCCUUUUCCUCCUGAUGGGCGAAGCACAAGGAUCAAAGUCUUAAUCCCCCUGACAAAGAAAUAAAACGGAAUCAUCUCAGUGAA